AUGGCCCUGGUAGAAUUAGAAAAGGCUGGUAUAUUAAAGCUUGUUAUCCGUCAGAAUGGUGAUGAUCUCCAUCUUCGUUCUAGAAUACAAAGGGAGAAACUAGCAGAAUUGUACUUUCGAGAUUCUGAGGCUGAAACUAGUGAGUUGAAGGAGACAUCAAGGUAUUGUUCAUAUGAUAAACGUCAAAAAGUUCUCAAGGAUGCAGUUCUUAACUGGGAGCCGUCUUCCGACGUGUUCCUGUUGUGUUCUACUGUGAAGUCGUUCUGGUUCCUGUGCGGGAGUUGCUACACUGUGGUCUUCUUAAUCCGUUCGUUUGCUUCUUCUUCAGUGAUGCUGUUGCAAGCAUUGGUCGCCGUCCGUUCCGAAAUUGGAGAAGUCAUGAACUUGCUCAGUCUACAGAACCCUCCGUUUGCCAGGAUUGAUAUUCUCCAGAUCAUUCUAAAAUGGUUGCAUAAGUUUAGCCCUUACAUAAGCCUUAUGUCCUUUCACAUAGUUCCUUCAGUUGAAUCCCAGAUAAAAGAUAUACGUGUGAACUGGACUCUCCAGGUUGCAAGUGCAUCAGGGCAGAAAGAUGAAUUGCCACUUAUCAAGUCCGCUGAGAUUCACUUACAAUGUGCGGUUACAAUUGACGCGACGGCGAGGGACUUUGAGAAGGUUGAUUGCAGUGGCAGCGACACCGUUAAGGAAGAUGAGUUUAAAGUCGGAGACGAAAGUUAUGAGUCGUUUCAUCCCCCUGAAGCCGAAGGACCAAGAUUUUCAUACUCGCGAGUUUAA